AAUCUGCUGCUGAGGCACAGGAGAGCGAUGACGCUAAACGCUUGCGUCUCUCCGGCUCCGUACCCACAAGAGUUUGGCUUCGAGCAUAAUCCGGGCACACUGGUGUCCUACGUUGAGCCAGAAUUCGAGCAGACCGACUUGGACAGCCAAAUGCGGCUGAAGCAGUGCUUUCCGCUCUACACGAUCCUGUUGGCCUGCGACCUCACCACGCUGGAUCUGCUCACCCUGGACGUGGAGGGGAUCGAAUCACUGGUACUUCACACCGUACCCUGGAACAGGGUCGAUAUCAAGAUCGUGAUGGUGGAGUACGUGCAGCCGGGAGUUCAGAACGAUGACGGCAGCUUCAACCCGAUUUACGAACAACCGAUUACAAAUUUAAUGGUUGAAAAUGGUUAUCUGCUUGUACAUAGACUGGAGACGGACCUAAUAUUCGUGAAAAAUGGCUCUGAGUAUGCCAGAGCUAUUACAUCAUGAUCCGUUGUUACAGAGCAUUUUUCUAGUUUGUUCGCUUGUCCCCUCAGGCAAUGGUAGAUUCACAUAUAUUCAAACUCGGAUAUCGGUGGCCAACG